CCAUAUAUUAAGAGCCUGAAGCCUUGAGCUUGAUGAAGGCCUUGGCUGGAAUUUCUAAGAUAAUAAAGCUACAAGGGCUUUCUCUCUGUGGUUUUCAAACCCUGUUCAGCAGAGCGUCUGCAUUCCAUAAAGAGAUAAGAACUUAAAGAACCAAACAGGGAAGCACUCCUAUUUCAAGAUCUCUAAGAAGAGGUAGCAAUAAUUAAUAUGGAACAAAAAGCUGGUGAACCAAAUAAUGAAGAUAUUUUAUCAAGUAGUGGUAUCACAUCCAAUGGAGGUUCUUCAAGUCCAUUUUUUAUGUCAUCUGUUCGUGGUACAAUAAUUGAAAACACAUCUUCAGCUGGGACAUUGGCACAAAUUCCUUUUUUCCCCAAAUAUGAAGUGGAACUUGAUUCUCCUAGGAAAGUCCUCCCUUACCCUGGAAAGGAACACAUUGAACGUGUUUUGGAAGAAUAUUCACAUCAAGUCAAAGAUCUGCAGAGAAGACUAAACGAAAGCAAUGAAUUGCAUGAGAAACAGAAGUUUUACUUAAGGCAAUCAGUCAUUGAUUUGCAAACAAAACUUCAAGAGAUGCAAAUGGAGAGAGAUGCCUUGGCUGACAUCAGACGAAGGGAGAGUCAGUCCCAGGAGGAUUUGAGAAAUCAGCUUCAAAAUACAGUUCAUGAACUUGAAACUGCCAAAUGCCUUAAGGAGGACAAGCUGAAAGAUAGCAACAUGCAAAUAGAACAGCUGAGAAAGAUAAUGCUUAGUCAUGAGGGAGUGCUUCAAGAAAUCCGAGCAAUCCUAGUUGACUUUGAAGAAGCCUCAGGCAAGAAAAUAUAUGAACAGGACAGCAUGUCUGCUCUCCACUUCCGCAACCUGGGCUCGGCUAUUAGUAAAAUCCUACGAGAAUUAGACACAGAAAUUUCUUAUCUAAAAGGGAGGAUAUUUCCAGUAGAGGAUCAGCUUGAAGCACUGAAGUCUGAAUCACAGAACAAAAUAGAAUUGCUUCUUCAACAACAUCAAGAUAGGAUUGAGCAGUUAAUAAGUGAACAUGAAAUUGAAAUAACAGGACUUACUGAGAAAGCUAGCAGUGCUCGAAGCCAAGCCAAUAGCAUCCAGAGUCAACUGGAAAUCAUUCAAGAACAAGCAAGAAACCAAAAUUCAAUGUAUAUGCGUCAACUCAGUGAUCUGGAAUCUACUGUUUCCCAGCUACGUUCGGAGUUAAGGGAAGCCAAAAGGAUGUAUGAAGACAAGAUAGAAGAGCUUGAAAAGCAGUUAGUCCUUGCCAACUCGGAGCUCACUGAGGCACGGACGGAACGUGACCAGUUCAGUCAGGAAUCUGGAAAUCUGGAUGAUCAGCUUCAAAAGCUGUUGGCUGAUCUACAUAAAAGAGAGAAGGAGCUGAGUCUGGAGAAGGAGCAGAAUAAGCGCCUGUGGGACCGGGACACGGGCAACAGCAUCACCAUUGACCACCUGCGGCGGGAGCUCGAUGACAGGAACAUGGAGGUGCAGCGCCUGGAAGCACUCCUCAAGGCCAUGAAGAGCGAGUGUCAGGGCCAGAUGGAACGGCAGAUGGCAGCAAUUCAGGGAAAGAAUGAAAGUCUAGAAAAAGUGUCCUCCUUGACGGCUCAGCUUGAAUCCACCAAAGAGAUGCUCCGCAAAGUGGUGGAAGAGUUGACUGCUAAGAAAAUGACCCUGGAGAGCUCAGAGAGGACCAUAUCGGACCUGACCUCUUCCCUCCAGGAAAAAGAGAGAGCCAUUGAGGCUACCAAUUCGGAGAUCACAAAGCUACGCUCCCGAGUGGACUUGAAAUUGCAAGAGCUGCAGCACUUGAAAACAGAGGGAGAUCACCUCAGAAAUGUGCAGACUGAGUGUGAGGCCCUCAGGCUACAGAUGGCAGAGAAGGACAAGGUGAUUGAGAUUCUGCGACAGCAGAUUGAAAACAUGACACAGUUGGUUGGCCAGCACGGACGAACUGCUGGUGCCAUGCAGGUUGAAAAAGCUCAGCUUGAGAAGGAGAUCAAUGAUAGGAGACUGGAGCUACAGGAAUUCAAGAUUUUAAAAGAUAAAAAAGAUGCAAAGAUACGGGAGCUUGAGGCCCGAGUAAGUGACUUGGAGCUGGAAAAGGUGAAGCUGGUGAAUGCAGGGUCUGAACGCCUCCGUGCAGUAAAUGACAUCAAACAGGAGAGAGAUCAGUUAUUAAAUGAGGUGAAAACCAGUAGGAGUGAGCUAAACGGUCUUACAGAGGACUAUGAAGUCUUAAAAAGGAAUUUUCGAAACAAAACUGAAGAAAUGGAAGCUACUACAAAUAAACUGAAAAUGCAGUUAAAAUCUGCACAGUCUGAACUUGAACAAACAAGAAAUACUUUAAAGUCAAUGGAAGGAUCCGAUGGUCAUGCUAUGAAAGUGGCAAUGGGAAUGCAAAAGCAAAUCACAGCUAAAAGAGGUCAAAUAGAUGCCCUUCAGAGCAAAAUACAGUUUUUGGAAGAGGCAAUGACAAAUGCAAAUAAGGAAAAGCAUUUUCUAAAAGAAGAGAAGACUAAAUUAAGCCAGGAAUUGAGUACUGUUGCAACAGAAAAAAACAAGAUGGCUGGAGAACUAGAAGUCCUGAGAUCACAGGAACGCCGUUUGAAAGAAAAGGUUGCUAAUAUGGAAGUUGCUCUUGAUAAGGCAUCUUUGCAGUUUGCAGAAUGUCAAGAUAUCAUACAGCGUCAGGAACAAGAAUCUGUGCGUCUAAAACUUCAACACACUUUGGAUGUAAAAGAACUGCAGGGCCCUGGAUACACCUCAAAUACUUCUGUGAAGCCACGCCUUCCACAGCCAUCCUCAGCCGCCCGUUCUCAUUCUAAUGUACCAUCAUCCCAGUCCACAGCCAGCUUCCUGUCUCAUCACUCUAUGAAACCUAACACAUUGAAGGAAGAUCCAACAAGGGACCUGAAACAACUUCUCCAAGAGUUGAGAAGUGUGAUCAACGAGGAACCAGCUGUGCCUCUGGGCAAGCCUGAAGAAGAAGGGAGAGCACCAUCCCUGGGAGUCUCAUAUGUGGCUGUAAGCAACAACUCAUUAAGGGACUCCACUGAAGGUAGCAAAUCCAGUGACACUCUUAGCAGAGAGCCAGUCACAUUACACACAGGAGACUUGGAAGAUCCAUCUAGUUGCUUUACAUUCCCAUCUACAGCAAGUCCAUCUGUGAAAAACUCAGCUUCUCAUUCAUUCCAUUCUUCUCCUAAGAAGUCUCCAGUUCACUCACUCCUAACUAGUUCAGUUGAAGAUUCAGUAGGUUCCACAUCACAAUAUAGAGCCACAAAACCUGUUCAUUCCUCUGCUUCUGUUAAAGCUUCACAGUCUCAGCCAAUAGAAACAACAGGAAAAACAUGCAGAAAGCUUCAGAACAGACUGGAAAGCUUGCAAACUCUGGUAGAAGAUUUACAGAUGAAGAACCAAGCAAUGUCUUCAAUGAUCAGGAAUCAAGAAAAGAGGAUACAGAAAGUGAAAGACCAGGAAAAAAUGUUACUAAAAUGAUACAUUGCUUGCCUAUUCUUUACAGAGGGAUGAUGCCCAAUUAAUUGUGGUAUUGCUUAUAAUUAGUGCCCUGUGUACUUUUUUCUUUUUAUGUGAAAAUUUAAUAAAAGACACCCUGUCCUGUAAACUCUAUUUUGAAAUAAACUAUUCUUGAAUGCUCUUACAGUAAAACCUCAAAACCGUUGUAGCUAGAUGUGAAAGUAUGCCUACCUUAUAAGGUAUUAAUUUGUGCUAACACCAAUGUGCCAGAAUAAUUUAUUAUCUUUACUAGUGCUUAAGCAAUACUUACUCUUUUCAACUUUAAAAACAAAAACAAACUUCACAUGCAAGUAAAAUAUGUGGUAUAAUGCCCAGAAGGACAAACUCCAGCUUGCUAACAGGGAUUCCUUUUGUGAUCCUGAACUCAUCAUUCCAUUGGUAUCAAUGCAUGUCAUCAGAUAACAGAACACUGGGGUCCCUAAUCAAAACUUCUAGAAAGGUUUCUCUUUUAUGUAUUAAUAACUAUAAGGAAAGAAAGGGAAAAAUGUAUUCUUCUUCAGCCAGUGGGUAACUUCUAGAUUGAAUGGAUUCAGUCUGCCUUAAUGAGAUUUUCUUAGAUUAGGGGGGUUUUGUAUGUGGAGUGCUUUCUAACACCAAUAACUUAAUUGUGGACACCAGCUAGGUGUCCUAAGGGUCAUUUCAGUGCUAGCACUCCCCAGAGCUAGCAUCAGAUUCUACAGGUUUAAGAGUUCAGUCACACAAGACUGCACCCCACCUCAGGUGCAAUUGCAAGUCCUGGGCCACAUGUGUGUGACCGGCUAUAAAUUGGACUUCCCCACAAUUCCCUCCUCAGUUUCACUACUUGCCAGAACAGAUCACAGAACUCAGGAAAGUGCUUUAUCUACUAUUACUGGUUUAUUUUCAAGGCAACGACUCAGGAACAGCAAAAUGUAAGAGAUGCACAGGGCAAAGUAGGACAUUCUGGUACAUGAAGAGUUCAUGCCCUCUCAGGGCAUGACACCCUCCCAGGACCCAGACAUGUUUGCCAACUGGAAGCUCAGCAGAUCUUCGAGAGUGUUUAUAGAGCUUAAUCUGCUGCCCCCCUCCCCUUCUGAGGCCAGCGGGGGGGUGGGAGUGGGGGUGCUGAAAGUUCCAGUCCUCUAAUCACUUUUUCUGGCCUUCGUGCCAGAGACAACAGGACAAUCCGGCAGAAGGGUAGCUGUCCAGAAAAGUCCACACUCCUGUUGCAUGGUACAGAUGCCACCGAGGAAUGGCUGCUCAGCUAGAGGCUAUUUCCCAGCCCCGGUGCCCCUCACGUGUACUGAUCAGAUCUCACUAAAGACUGUGGACAGAGCAGGAUGUAGCACUUUCUGGCCAGACUCUUCAGUAAGCAUCUGUGCCUUUCCUCACUGUAUCUCCUCUUCCAUGAGCUGGAUACAGUGGACAGUGAGGUCCUAGGGGAUGACAGAGCCCCAGGACAGAAGCAGCCUGGGUGACAGUCUGCAGUGAGAACUGCCCUUCUGCCAGAAACACCCACUGCUGAUUACUUAGUGAGCAAGAAACAGGCUUCUGGUACAGCCUUAACAGGUAUGGUGUCUGUCUGUGAUGGCAGCUGGUUCAGUCCUAACCAGCACAGAGAAUACAUUAAAUCCUGUUUCUCCUAAAUGGCAGUGUUAACACUCUAAGCAUGUCCAAUUUUACAACAACUCUUUAAAAUACAAAGUUUAAUAUAUGUAUCUCAAACAAUUGGUUUUACUGAAAGAUUAAUUUUUAUUUCAUCAGGUAAUGAUAAAAUUGCUAGUGAAAGAAUUCUAAAGAUAUUUUUACUAUAAAUUGUUUUACCCUUAAUUUUACAUAAUAGAAAUGCUUGGGCAUUCUGUGAAGUAACAAUAAAUGCUCUCUGAAGACUUUACUGGUAGAAUAUAAAAUUCAUUAUGAAGAAUAUUAAAAGUAUAUGUGAAUUUAACAUACAGGCGCUAUGAGCCAAAAACUUUUUUUCUUUAAGAUUUUAUUUAUUUAAGAGAGAGAGAAGAACACAGAGGAAGAGGGAGAGGGAGAAGCAGACUCCCCACCCCCUUCCCCAGAGAGCCCCCUGUAGGGAUCACUCCCAGGACCCUGAGCUCAUGACCCAAGUCAAAGGCAGAUUCCCAAAUAACUGAGCCACCCAGGUGCCCCAAACUGUCAUGUUCUUGUAGGCACUUCCUAAUACUAUUUUCCAUUGGGUUUAUGCUCUUUUCAGCAAAGUCUGCCUGUGACCAGGAUUAAACACUGUUUUGCCAGAAGAUGUUAUACUUAUUACAAGUUGUUUUAACAUAUAAAAAUUCAUUUUCAAGUAUAGGCAUGCAUAAUAUCCUUCCAAACAAAGGUAGAGUUUCUUUUUUCUUUUUCUUUUUUUUUUUAAUUUUUUUUUUUAAUUUUUAUUUAUUUAUGAUAGUCACAGAGAGAGAGAGAGAGAGAGAGGCGCAGAGACAUAGGUAGAGGGAGAAGCAGGCUCCAUGUACCAGGAGCCCGAUGUAGGAUUCGAUCCUGGGUCUCUAGGAUCGCGCCCUGGGCCAAAGGCAGGCGCCAAACCGCUGCGCCACCCAGGGAUCCCUUUCUUUUUCUUUUUUAAAGAUUUUAUUUCUUUAUUUGACAUAGAGCAAGAGAGAGAGCAUGAGCAGGGGCCAGAGGGCUCAAUCCCAGGACCCUGAGAUCAUGACCUGAGCCGAAGGUGGACACUUAACUGACUGAGCCAUCCAGGUGCCCCUAUUUCUUUUUCUUUCAAGAAUUCAUAGGUCACCUGGGUGGCUUAGUCGGUUAGGUGUCUGUCAUCAGCUCAGGUCAUGAUCCCGGGGUUCUGGGAUCAAGCCUCACAUUGGGCUCCCUGCUUAGUGGGGAGUCUGCGUCUCUAUCAAAUAAAUAAAAUCCUUUAAAUUUUUUUUUUUUAUUUCACAGAGUGUGCAUGAGCCUGGGGUGGGUUGGGGGGAGGCAAGUAGGGGCAGAAGGAGAGGGAGAAGCAGACUCUCCACUGAGCAGGGAGCCCAAUACGGGGCUCCAUACCAGGACCCUGGGAUCAUGACAUGAGCCAAAGGCAGAUGCUUAACCAACUGAGCCACACAAGUGCCCCCCAAAAGGUAAAGUUUAUUUAUUUUUUUAAGAGAUUUUAUGUAUUUAUUCAUGAGAGACACACAGAGAGAGAGGCAGAGACACAGAGGGAGAAGCAGGCUCCAUACAGGGAGCCCGAUGUGGGACUCGAUCCUGGGACUCCAGGAUCACGCCCUGGGCCGAAGUCAGGUGCUAGACCGCUAGACCGCUGAGCCACCCAGGGAUUCCCCAAAAGGUAAAGUUUAAAAAGGAAUUCCAAAAUGUUUUCUCUAAAGAGAGGAGAAAAACGGACCCCUCUUGCCUCUUGAUGUUUGCUUUUUUCCUAUGUGUCUGUUAUUAGUGGAGGAAAAUAUUGGUAUUUUAUUUUACAUCUAAGCUAUUAUGGUACUAAGGUUUAGAUAAGUAAUUCAGACAUCAAAUAAAGAUAUUAAAACUCACAUUUGUUCAGUUAUAAUGAAGUUUAAUUUCUUCUCAGAACAAAGUCGUACUUCUCUAUCACUGUCCUGUUAUAAUUUUGUUACCCAAGAUAGCUGUUGGUCUGAGAGGAGAGGGCUGGAGAAAUGAUUGCUAUCAGUCCCUCUGUCAGUCCAGACCCGUGAGAGAACAGGAGCCAGGGGAGAGAUGGUCCUACAAAGGCCCUAGAGGGACAUGAAUGCUGCAGUCCCUCCCAGCAGUAGUAGGAGCAUCACUCAGGCCACUCACUCAGCCCACACUGGAAUCCCAUUCCCAUUCCCUCUCUCCUCUUGGCUCCUCCCAAUGACUGACUCUAACUAGGCCCCUUGUUUCUACACCAGUUUGCCAUCAUUAAGACAAAGACCUACUUGCUACCUUCAAACCAUAACUAGCAGGUAAAAUCAAGCAAAACAAAGUAAAACAUUGGGAAGUCUUACAAGUUCAUAUCCUUGGUAAUCACAUCUUGCGACCAGAUAUUUCUGAUCACAGUUGCAUAUGGCAUUAUUUUUAAAUAAAAGUUGUGCAUGGGGCAGCCCGGGUGGCUCAGCAGUUUAGCGCCACCUUCAGCCUGAUCCUGGAGACUGGGGAUCAAGUCCCACAUCAGGCUCCCUGCAUGGAGUCUGCUUCUCCCUCUGCCUGUGUCUCUGCCUCUCCCUCUCUCUCUCAUGAAUAAAUAAAAUCUUUAAAAAAAAAAAAA